AAUCACCUUCCUUACUCAUCCAUUGGCCUUGUUGGUUUUGUGACCCCCAUGCCACGCUCAGGAUUCGCCAGGCUUGAUUGGAAGACGAGCCGUUUAACCGUAGCUGCUCUGGCUUACUAAUGGGGAUGUUGGAGCUCUCGUGGAUUCAUGGGGGACACUGGGGCAAGCAUACAGGGCGACGCUGACUGAGCGCUAGGGGAAUGGCAGAGCUGGCAACUCAUCCUGCAAAUUACCACUAUGAAGCUCAUCAUCGUCGGCGCGACUGGUUUCGUUGGCAAAGAGAUUCUGUCUCAAGCAUCGAAGCAUCCGAAAAUCACCAGCAUAGUCACAGUCUCGCGCAGUGCGAUCGCGGCUCCCGAAGGCGUGGCGGCGGGCAAGUUCGAGAGCGUCGUCGUGAGCGACUACGACCAGUACACCGAAGAGGCGAAGAAAGCGUUUGCCGGGGCCAACGGAUGCAUCUGGACCGUGGGCCUCACGCCUCCCAAGUACAUGGCACUCGGCCCGGAGGAGGGCAAGCGCGUGUCUUACACAGCGACGCUGGCUGGGUUGCAGGCGAUCGCGGACUCGUCCCCCGCCAAGCCGUUCCGGUUCUGCUACAUGAGCGGCGACGCGGCCGUCCGCGACCAAAGUGCCAAGCUUGAAGGCGAGCUCGCUGGGUUCCGCCUCAUGCGCGGCGACGUCGAGAAUGACGUCCUCGCAUUUGCGGCUAAGCACGCAGGCUUCGAGGCGGCCUCAGUUCGACCGGGACUGAUCACUGAGCGCGCGAAACUCGAGGCGUCGCGCGAGUUUGCGAAGGGCCAUGGCUGGCCGACUAUUGUUCUCGAGGACUGCGUCAGCGCGAUGUUGCACAUGGUCGUCAAUGGAUUUGAGAAGGAUCCGGUGUCGAAUGACGAACUGACGGCUCUUGCGGGGCGAAUCUAGGCGGUGUGGUACAAGCUCGCAUUUGUAAUACAAAGACACAAACAAUUCUAUGAUUUGAGCUCAAACGUUCGUGUUGUCAUGAGCUCCCCAGGCAGAUCUCAGAUUUCGACCAUUCAUACCCUGAGGGAACACAAUUCCAGCCAGCCAAUUCUUUCUCGUUCUGCUGAGUCCUCUAUAAAGUCGACUCCGGUUCCCGAGUGGUUUUCACUCAAUACGAGCUCGUGGGCUCAAUAUUGCGCCACGGCCAACUUGGAUGGUGGGAAUAUUCACAAUUAUGUGGAUUUUUCCGGGCGGCCAACCCAGUUGGGUUAAACUUGAUAUUGC